AUGCAACGGCAUCACGAAGAAGGUUCAACACCUCCUCCACCUUACACUCUAGUGGAUCACUUAAACACUUCUGCGAGUAGUUCGACAGUAGCAGCCAAUAACAACAAUAACACUUCGUCGUCGUUUAGCCAAAAUCAAACAAACGGAAACAAUACCCUAAAUAUCACACCACAAUAUCAUUCUCAAAAUCCAUAUCCGGCAACAGUAAUUUCAACAGAUUCUGAUUAUCGCCUCGCUCAAAAGCUUCAAGAAGAAGAAUAUGCGUUAGGAAUGGAUCAAAAUCCGUAUGAACCUUAUCCUUCUCGUAGAAUACAUGGUGGUGAAUCAUCAACUUCUAUUCUUCCUACAUCACAUCAUCAAAGAGUUCCAAUGCCUCCAAUACCAGAACAUUAUACGUGUAAUUAUCAUCACUCGUAUCAAAAUUCUGGUGGCACGACUGGAAAUUAUUAUUCUUCAGCACAAUCUCAUCCAUUCUAUAAUGCACCUUAUUAUAAUUAUCAACAACAACAUCAUCAACAUUUAGCAUAUCAGCAUGAAGAGGAAGAGGAUAAUUCACCAGGAUGCUUGACUGGAUU